AUGAGUAAGGCAGUAGUGCCCAAAGCAAAGACUGUUUGGGAAAAAGGAGUCAAGGUGAUUUUCAACCAUCCGGAUGAGUCUUGGGUUGUUGGAGAAAUUAAGGAAGUGAAUGAAAAGAUGGUUACCAACAAGAUACCAACCCCUUACCUGUGUAAAUCCAUUUCAGGUAAUGAGGCUUGGGUGUCCGAGCAAGAUCUGAACAUGUACAAAGACGAAAUUAUCGUUGCAAAGAAUGAUGAUCUCUUGGAUAUGAUUGAGUUGAAUGAGUCUGCUCUUCUGUUUUGUAUGCACAACCGGUUCAAAGAGGACCUUAUAUACACGUACAUUGGAGGCUUGGUAGUUUCCCUUAAUCCUUUCAAGUGGACCAUCCCGUACUGUAAAGAUGAUUACAUGGUCAAUUAUAUUGAAAAGAAGAAGAGUCUUGUACCUCAUUGCUGGCACAUCGCUGAUAAGGCAUAUAGAGCCAUGAGACAAGGAGAAGGAAAUCAAACAAUUCUCAUUUCGGGAGAGUCCGGAGCAGGAAAAACGGAGGCAUGCAAAACCGUAAUCAAAUACCUAUGCAAGCUUUCAUCCUCCAUGACCCACGAUAAGAGUGUCAAGGAGGCAGCGGAUGCUAUUGGUGUCAAAAUUCAACAAGCAUCGCCAAUUCUUGAGGCCUUUGGUAACGCUAAAACGAAAAAUAAUGACAACUCAUCUCGUUUUGGCAAAUUCAUUAAGCUUCAAUUUGAUAUGCAUGGUAUUAUUAAGGGAGCCGUAACGGAAAACUAUUUGCUUGAAAAGUCUCGACUUAUGAAACAAGGUCCGAAUGAGCGAUCUUACCAUAUUUUCUAUCAGAUAUUGGCUGGUAUGGAUCCAGAAAAGAAGAAAGAAUUGUUUUUGACAAAAGCUGAAGACUAUGAUAGUAUUAUGAAAGGAGGUUGCUCCAAGGUAGAAACAAUUGAUGAUGUUGCUGAUUACAAUAACAUGGUAAACGCUUUCCAUAUUGUUGGUAUCGAUGAUACUAUCCGUGAUACAGUCUUUAAGGUCUGUGCAGCAAUUCUGCACUUACAAAACAUCAAGUUCAGACCAACAGGCGAAGCUGGAUGUACUGUAGAAGUUGACACACCUCUUAAGCAUGCCUGUUCUCUUCUUUCAGUAGACCCUAACGCUAUGCUUAAGGCGCUCACUGUAAAAGUAUAUACUGUCAUGAACAAGGUGUUCGAGUCUCCUUUGAGCCCAGAGCAAGCAUCUGAUUCCAGAGACGCUCUCUCAAAGGCUCUCUAUUCAAACAUGUUUGAUUGGUUAGUCAGGAAAAUUAACGAGAAUUCUCUUGCUUCUGAGUAUAGUUCAUUCAUUGGAUUACUUGACAUUUUUGGAUUUGAGAGAUUUGAAUUCAAUACCUUUGAACAAUUCUGCAUUAACUUUGCGAAUGAGGCACUUCAGGCCCACUACAACUCGUAUACAUUCAAAAAAGACAAAAAAGAAUGUGAGAAUGAAGGAAUUGACGUAACAGAAGUGAGUUUCAAAGACAAUCAGCCUUGUCUUGAUAUGAUUCAAGGAUCUAAAUCAGGCAUUCUCAAAAUAUUAGAUGAUCAAAGUGUGUUCCCUCAAGCAACAGAUCAAAAGUUUUUCGAUAUGGUUGCCCAAACAUAUAAAUCACACGAGUAUUUUGUUCGCCCUCCUCUAUGGAAAGAAGAUUUUGCAGUGAAGCACUAUGCAGCUGAGGUUAAAUAUAACACAAAAGAUUGGCUCGAGAAGAACAAGGAUGUACUGAGAGAUGAUAUCAUUGAUGUUCUUGCACAAAGUAAGCUGGAGUUUAUCGCAAAAACUAUUUGUCCUGAGAAGAAGGACUUUACCAAAAAGGACAAGAAGCCAACCACAGUGACAGGAUCAUUUAAGAAACAAUUGAUUGAGCUCUUGGACUUGAUCAACAGCACAUCACCACACUGGAUAAGAACUAUUAAGCCUCAUCCAGCGAAGAAACCUGGUUUAUUUAGCAAUGCUGAAGUUGUGAAACAGCUCAGCUCAUCUGGUGUGUUAGAAACUAUCAGAAUUAGACGAGAGGGUUACAGUGUUAGAAUACCUCAUGAAGCUUUCUUUAAGAAAUUUAGUAUAAUUAUAGGAGAGGGAUCAACUACAAAUGUUAAAGAAUCUAUUCAGAAAAUAAUUGAUACUUUGAAUUUGAAGAAGGAACAUGUUCAAAUUGGUAAAACCAAGGUGUUCUUAAAAUCAGAAACCUAUAACAUGAUCGAACUUACAAGAAAUAAGAGACUAGAAAAAUAUAUAAUCAAAAUUCAAAGAGUAGUUAGAGGCUUCUUAGGACGUUGUGUGGCCCGUAAAUUGAGGGAAGAGUUACGUAUCAAAAAAGAAAAAGAGGAAUAUGAAAGAAAUAAGGAAAUUUUCGAAAGAAUGCUGCAGGAUAAGAAAGAACGCGAGAGAAUUGAACAAGAAAAAAAAGAAAAAGAAGAAAGAGAAAGAAGGGAGCGUGAAGAACGUGAGAGAGAAGAAAGAGAAAGAAUAGAGCGAGCUCUUGCUGAGAAGGAAAGAUUGGAAAGAGAAAAGAGAGAAGCUAAGGAGAUGGAAAAGAGAAAGCUAGAAAUCCUCAAAGCUAAACAAAAGGAAAGAAUGUUAGAACUCCAAAAAAUUGAAAUCGAACGAGCAGAAAAGGAGAGAUUAGAAAAAGAAAAACAAGAUAAAGAAAGAGCUAGAAUGGAAGAAGAACAAAAGAUUUUACUCAAAGAAGAGUUAGAACGACGAAAGGCGGCAUUAUUGGAAAAAGAAAACCAAAAAAUUGCUCUCGAAAAACAGAAAAGACUUCAAGAGAGAAGAGCACAGAUGGAAAGUAGAAGGUUGGAAAAAGAAAGGACCGACACUGAAGCUGAGAAGCGCAAACGAAGAGCUAUUGCUAUGUUGGAGCUUGAAAAAGAGACCAAAAAGAAACAAGACACGGAGCUCAAUAAGGUUGCAGAAGCAGCACGACUAAAGCUGGAGCAGGAGAGAUUGGAAUGGGAGAGAAAGCAGUGGGAAAUAAUUAUGCAAGAAGUGUUGAGAGAAGAGCAAAAGAAAGAAAGAAGAAAUGAGAUUGAAAAGCAAAAGUUAAGAAAAGUUGAAGAGUCUGAGAAGCUCAAGCAGCACAAACAUCUUGAAAAGGCUGCAAAUAUGUAUGAACGCGAAAAGAAGGCUAUGGCAAGAAAAGCUCUAAUUCAAGCAGAAAAAGAAGAUUAUAUUCAAAGCAAAAAGGAAUUUAUGGAGCAACAAAAGAGAAAGUAUUUGCAGAAGAGACAAGAACAAGAAAUACAGAUUAUUGAAAAACAAGCUCAUCUUCAGUGGGAGGUCGACAAAGAAAAACGAAGAGAAGAAAUUCGCAAAGCUCUCAUUCAGCAAAUCAGAAACGAAAAAUCGAGAGAAAUUUGGAGAGAUGUUGAAAUGGAGAAGAAAGAAAUGUCCAAGAGAUUGGAAUACGAAAGAAAAAUGUGGGAGAUGGAAAGACAGCUUCAAAUUGAGGCAGAAGAUCUUGGUAAAAAGUUUGAACAAACUCGAGCUGAACAAAAGAGUCAACAACAACAAGAAUACUUAAUGCAUAAGAAGGAAGAAGAAGAAUAUAACUAUCAAUUGCAAAAGCUGAAACAAAAGAUAACUGGAGUUUUUUCAGCUGGUCCAAUGAACACUUCUGGAAGUCUUGACCUUAGUAAGAGUAUGAUAAGUCUUUCUCCUUCAUCACCAAGUCUGUCUCCAUCAUUGAAUAGCUCUCGUGAGUAUCCAAAAGAGAAGAUCAAUGUACAAAGCCCCCUAUUACUUUCUGCUCGUCCAUCAAGCGCUGUUAACACUAGUGCUCUUUCCUCAAGUAGCUCAAAGAUUCCGCUCAAAAAGGGUGUAUUUUCUAAGCUGUAUUAA